CUCCUCCGCAAUGUCAACAACAACAGCGAGACGGGGCCGCAGUCGGUAAGAGUGCGGUAGUCAGAAGGUGUGAUGGAUGGAGGGAUUCCCGGCCCAGAUGUUAAAUCGGGCCCUGGUCGCAUCCUCAAAUGGCACUGCACCCAUCGUCUACUUGGCCACUAGCAAGGGAAUGGGUCUCUCAGUCAGUCGGCAUGUUCAGUGGUGUCUCUUUGUGUCGUUUUCAAGCUCUGGAAAAUACCGCUUGAGUGAGGUUUAAGCCGCACUAGGGAGGGGGAGGAGUUUGAGGGAGGCACGGCGCACACACGAGGGUUGAGUGAUUGCUGAAAGCGAGUUAGUGAAGACAUUAAUCUGUGAAGAGGAGGGUUAUCUGUCUGUCUAUCUAUCUAUCUAUCUAUCUAUCUACGGGUGUGAGAGUGAGAUUGGUUUGGGAGUAGUUUUGAGAGGGAUCGAGGCUCCAUGCCGACGAAGAAAGCGCUCUUGGUUGGAAUCAACUACGAAGGUCAACCGCACCAUGCUCUUCGGGGUUGCUGGAAGGAUGUGGAGCGCAUGGGGGAGUGUUUGGUGAGUCGGUAUGGCUUCCCGAAGGAGAGCAUUUGCACGCUCGUGGACCGGCCGGGGACCAGUCCCGAUUUGAUGCCGACGGGAGAAAUCAUCCGACGGAAGCUGGAAGAACUAACGCGGGAUUUGAAGUGGGGCGAUUGUAUUGUCUUCCAUUUCAGUGGGCAUGGUUUGCAAAUGCCUCCGGAAGGAGAGCCGGAUGAAACGGGCAUGAAGGAGGCCGUAGUGCCUGUGGAUGCGAAUAUGAUAACAGAUGAUGACUUCCGCAUUCUCGUGGACAAAAUCCCGGAUGGAGUGUUCUUCACCUUCAUUGCAGACUGUUGCCACAGUGGAGGCCUAAUAGCUCAUUGUGAACAGCAAGUCGGCUCUGUUCAUACUAAACCUGUUUCGAUCUUGAGCACACUCGGACCGCAGCAAAAAGAAGAAGAAGAAGCUCCUAACUCAAUAGAGAUCGUCAUUGAUGAGGAGAUGAUGAUGCAAAUUCUGGCAACUAUGCUAGGAUCCACUCCCUCUGCAGAUCAGAGUGUGUCUCUUUUGGAAAUACUCGCUGUAAUGCAAACAAAUCAAUCUGUUCCGCAGGAAGUGAGUUUGUUGGAUCUUGUGGCACUAUAUAUAUCUUCACAGCAAGGACAAAAUAUGGAUAUGUCGGAUGUGCUGGAAAGUAUGGUGGGAGCAGAAGAAAUGAAUGCUACUGAUAACCAAAGGGGACUCUUUGUCGCCACUCGCUCUCUGCAUCAAGACAAGCAACUUAAGAAGGACAGAAUACAGAGUAUCUUAGCAAAAACCAAAGCAUACAACAUAGAGCGUUUGCUAAGGGUCAAUGGUGGACACAGAUCCAUGUCAAUGGAAUUCAGGGGUCCGAGUGCGGGCUUCGCAGGACAAUACGAGCACCAAAACUACAACCGCUCUCCCUACGACAACAGCCAACCGGCUGCACCAAGCCAGUUGUCAUCGUUUCUUCUGGGCAGUAAUUACGGCUAUCCACCUCCACCAGGAGCACACCAUUAUCCCAACUCUGACGCACCAUGGCAGCGUCCUUCGUUGCACCACACGGUCAGUGCUCCUGCAGCUUACAACUACCUUCACACAGACACUUCUUACACUAGCUCAGAUAACCCAUUCGGGCCCCACCCAUCAAUGCAGAGGUGGGGAAGUGAUCUCGGUGGAACUUAUGGCGCAGGCCAUGACAGACACAUCGGCCAAAACAUCCAUGGAGAUAUGGCAAUUUAUCCUCCUCCCUGGGCAAAGCAUGCUCCAGAAGACAGAUAUGCAGCUCCGAAUUUUGGGAACAGUCACGAAGGUUUUAGGGGUAGUUACAACGGCAACCUAGAAACUGUGCAACCAGGAGCAUGGCCUUAUGGCGGCGCUAAUUUAGGUCAAUCAAGUGGACGAUACGAUGCUAACCUUGCAACAAGUAAAUAUACAUCGAAGAGAUCGAUGCCUGUUCAUGCAGUUACUCAGAUGCUGAGUGCACGCGCAGGGCACACAGUAGAACCUGGCAAUAUCUGUGCAAAUUUAUACGAUUUGUUCGGUGACAAGUCAAGCGUCACCUGCAAGGAGAUUGUGCAUACUGUCUUCAACGGGCUUAGGAGCAAGGGAGGAUCAAAACGCGAAAUUCUGAAACGCAUCAGCUCCAAGAGCAUCGACUUUCUCAGCGCAAAACUGCACAGCUCCAGCCUCAGAGACAGCAACUACCAACAACAAACUGCGACAAGAGACCUGACAGAUGCAACUCCCGAGAACCUAAGCCACAUCCCGAAACGCCCCGAUCGGUGCAUACUGAUCACCGCGUGCCAAUCUGACGAGACCGCAUCCGAGCACAGAAACGAGAUCCACGGUGCUUUCACCAAGACCUUGCUCGACAUUGUGGACGAACACAAAGGUCCGCUGGACAACCACCGCUUGGUCUACGAGUGCCGCCAACGCCUGGCGAGGAAGCCGUACGGGCAGCACCCGUGCCUUUAUUCCACCCCGGCGCAGGCUCACCACGUCUUCAUCUGCUACUGACUCCCCAUCCCCGACUUCGAACUUUCCCCCUUGCAACAACGCAUGUCGACUCGGCCAGUCUGCGGCGUCGGUGGCGGUACCAACACCCACACCGACAACUCCUGUGUCCACUAAACAUCAGCAUGUGGAUUCUAUCACGCGAAUUUGGACAUGUGGAUGUGUCACCUGGAUUUGGUCACCUGGAUUUGGUCACGUCGGUAUGUCACCUGGAUUUUGUCAUCUCGGUUAUUCUUUAUUACUGUGCCAAGCGCAAUACGAGACCAUAUUUUGGGGAAAUUUAAUGACCAUUUUUUUCGACAAAGGUGUAGUUUGCAAUUAAUUAAGAAGACAGGUAUGUUUUCUGUACUAUUAUAUUUCUAUAAACAGUUAUUUUAUGCAUGUUUUCUGUACUAUUAUGUUAAUUUUUCUUCCUAAAUAAUCAUAUAAUUAGAAACCAUAGUGCUUUACAACAUCAAUGUUGGCUUGCAAUUGAGUCUAUUUUUGCAUCCUUGCACUUUGUUCACAGUUCCAAAUAUCCAUUGCUAUCUUUGUUACAACUUCCACCACAAUCAUGAAACAUAAGAUUACAACAAUUGUAAUUCCUUGUUAAAUUUUAGAAUUGAUUUGUUGUUAUUUAGUGCAUAAGAUACAAUUGUAAUCUCUUGCUAAAUUCUAGAAUUAAUUUGUUGUUAUUUGGCGCACAAGCAAGUGCAAGCAAACCAAGUUUAUAAUCUUCAA